UGCAAUGUUGACUUAAGGUCUGGAGUUCUAUAAAUAUGCUGGGCUACUGUAUGCAUUGUUAUUGUUGGCCAACACAGUAAGCUAUCUAUAACUUUAAUUACUAUAUGAGAGUCAUCCAAGCACAAAUCCUAGCACACUUAAAAUGUAUGAAAAAAUAUUUGACAACCAUUAGAACAUUGUCAGAUCUGUCAUGUGACUAACAGAAGAGAUGAGCAUUCUGUAUAAAUAGAUCACAUUUCUUCAGUUUGGGGUUCAGUGGCCUUUUUUCUUUCCUGUUCCUACUCUUCAGGUACCAUUUCUGCAGAAUGAAGGGCAUACUGCUAGGCUUGCUUUUACUCUCUCUCUUCAUGACUAUCUCUGAAGUAAAAAGUGAAGAGAGAUUUGUUAAACUUUGUGGAAGAGAUUUUGUAAGAGCCAUUGUUUUUAUUUGUGGUGGAUCUCGCUGGAGAAGGCAUCUCACUGACUAUGCAGAAAGCCUCUUUGGCACUGAAAAUAACAACCAGAAGCCAGAAUCUGGAAGCGAUGAAUUCAUCCAGGCCAUGUCUCCAUUGAAAGGAAAUGUGUGGAGCAAGCGGCAAAAGUCUAUUCAUAAGAGGAGUGAGGAACUCACACAGCUCACAUUCUCUUGCUGCAAUAGUGGCUGCCAUGAAAGCAGUAUACGUUCACUGUGCUAAAAAUUAUCAGAUGCUGGUAUGGAA